AUGGCGUUUAAGCAGGCGACCGCGGUGCCAUUUGGAAACAUCCUAGCCAUGCGCCUGGAGUCCCGAGACUCGUCACGCCUCCGCGGGGUCAACUACUUCGUUGGCCGAGACGGCUCCCUUCAGACGUACGAGUACGCAGACUUAGGCGUGACUGACAUGACCAAGUACUCCGUUUUCGUGGACGAGUUCUGCUCCUUGAUUGCCAAACGAGGCUUGCAACGCAAUUUCGGACUUAAGUUGCAGACCGACUGGGAGGUACCCUUCCGAGCAGAGUUUGAGUUCCCUUGCGGGCACAGCACCAUGAUCAUUCCCAGGGGCUUGCCGGUGCCUGACGGAACUGAUGGGGUCAAUGUUACCACGCAGUGGGGCGCCGAGGGUGAAAUGGGGGUCCCGACGGAGGGCUAG